GAUCAGGCACACACCACACACCGGGACAACAAGGUCACAACUAGUUCAACAGAACUGCCUCAUGUGUGAAAAGCACUACCGCAGUGUCAAAACCAGGCAGAGGCCAGAAAUAAGCGCUCUGAGAAAGGAUUAUCUUGCAACAGGAGAUGGGAGACCAACAACUCCAAUAUAUAUUCCUGUACAGGAUAAACUGCUGGAUGUUAUUGGAAACAAUAACACUACAAUUUCAGGCAUUGACACUGUCUGUGAUUGGGAAGAACAUGCAGUUAUCAUCCGUGUUCCUGUAGGUGAGGACAAUGAGCUCCUGGUGGGACAGACUGAUCCACCGACUAGAGAACAUCCCCUUGAUCAACCCUCCCCUACAUCCUCUAGAUCAUUGUAGGAGCUUGCAAAAAUUACAUUUGUGGAGUUUCAGAACUUAUCUGAAAAAGAAAAAGCAGAUAUAUUGCAGUAUGUUGACAUGCAAUAUAAACUUACUGAAAUAUUAAAAAAGUAAUUCUCUUACAUCUUGUAAGAUCUAGUCAAUUGUGUAGAGUGGAUGGUAGGGAAACCCAAGCUGAUGCAGAGGUGUAUAGCUCAAACGUCAAUCUCUACAUCAGCUUGGUUUUCCCUACCUUCCCUCUCUGAAAUAUCUUUUCAGUAAUAUUAGACUAUGUACGUUUAUUUUAUGUGGAAAGGCUGUGAAGCAAAUGUGUGGAGUGUGUGGUAAGGAAACACAAGCUGAUGCAGAGGAAUAUAUUCUUUGAUGUUUUGGCUAUACAACCUCUGCAUCAGCUUGUGUUUCCCUACCACUCAUUCUCUCACAUGUCUUUUAGUAAUAUCAGACUAAUUUAUUUUGUAUUGAAAGGCUGUGAUUUAUACCAAAGUACAACAUACUGGGAUGUGU